GCCUUGUCAAUCCCACUGCGAGACGAUGCGUUCCGCUUUGUUCAACCUCGCCAUGAUCGCCUUCGCUUUCCUUCAGGUCAGCGCUCGGCUUCCGGCUUGCAUGAACUCGUGUUAUGACGAGCUCUGCUCCGGCCAAAGCAAACACACCUGCUUCUGUGGCUACGCAACGUUCACCAUGGACGACUGUCUCGAAAAGCAUUGCCACGAAAUACCGUGGAAUGCCCGCAACGAGCUCUGCGAGUACUAUACGAGACUGCAAAAGGAAGAGGAUGAAGGUGCUUGAAGCGCAGUGUUCAGACCAAAAGUUGGAAUUGGGCAAGCGGAGUGUACAUGUUAUGACACUACAGCCAUCAGUACCGUCGCCUCGCAGAGUGUUGCCCUGUACAAGGCCAUCUUGCCGAACCGAGAGCCCAGUAUGAAACCACGCGUGCCC